AUGUUCUCCAGGCCCUCCAGGACAUAUUUUGCUAAGGUAAUUGUAAUCACUCAUCUAUUUGUUGGUUGCCUGGCAGCUCGCUUCGCGGUACACCCAUCUGAUAUGACCGUUAGAGAAGGCGAUUCCAUAGAGUUGUCCUGUAAAAUCCGAGGCCUAAAAGAAGAUCAGGAUGUAUCAUGGUAUAGGGAUGACUUGGAAUUGAGCCGUGAUAAAAUUAUUGUAGUGAAUGAUAAUAUGCAUUCAAGGUAUGUUGUUACAUCAUUCCCAGACGGUCGUAAUUCAAUAUAUGUAUUAAAAAUUGAUCCAACAAUUAGAUCGGAUGCUGGCAUUUACACAUGUAGAAUCCUAUCAAAUGGACAUCUAGACGUGAGGUCUAAAAACGCUUCAGUUGUCAUUUUGCAAAUUCCACAGCAGCGUUACCCAGAAUGCAAAAUUUCAUCAAAUAAAAUCACAGUCAAUGAUUUAGUGACGAUGAAUUGUAGUACUGAAAGAAUUACACCGGUUGUAAAUAUAUCGUGGACUGUAAAUGGCACAACUGUUGAAAGCAAUACUCUUUUAAUUGGAAACACAACUACUAUUCAGUACCAAUUCCGAGCAAGAAAAACAGAUCACCUAAGGGUUUUCAUGUGCUUUUUAUUUUCGGAUGUUUUAGAGGAAUCAAGGAAUUGCUCUGUCGGUCAAAUAGACGUGUUUUACCCGCCUACCGUCAGUAUAGCCCAUACCGCUAAUAACAUCAUUGCUGGCCGUGAAAUUUUUAUGGUAUGCCAAAGUAAAGCAAAUCCACCAGUGACAGAUUACAACUGGAAAUUCUCACCAGUGAUACCAGACAGGUUUGUUUUUAUUGAUGAAUCCACACAGGUUCUACGGUUGGUUAAUACAACAUCUGAUUUGAAUAAUACAAUCAUAACUUGUACAGCUUCAAAUGAAGUAGGAAGUAAAACGGAUCAAGUUAGGCUCUAUAUACAAGCUGAGAAGCAUACUAUACCUGUAACACCAGCGUACACUCCACAAAACUAUGGAAGCGACCAACCGGAUAAUAGAUUGGCAGAUACAAUAAGCCUUCCUCUGCCGAUACUUGUAGUCUGUGCCGUUACAGGAAUAGUUUUUGUACUUGUUACUACUGUGAUACCGAUAUAUAUUCUGUGUAUGUGUAACAAGAAACAAAAUGAGACGAAAAAAGAUGAAGUGCACUGUCCUAUUGAUGUUAGAGAAAUGCAGGAGGUUUUACAGCCCGAUCAUUACUUUGAACCGUGUGACCGGGUUCUUCCCAGAAUUCCGGAUUCUGAAAGGGAAUUUCCUUGGAGAAAACACAUCGGAGUUCAGGUUCCGGAUGAUGAUUAUGACAUAGCUUCCACAUCAUAUACAAUGUACAUGACGAUGAAAGAACCUAAACGGGUCAGGCGUAACGAGCAGUACCGACGAUACCACACAUUAAUUCCUAUGCGUUUGUAA